GCUGUUUAGAAUCCAACCAACCAAAAAGCGACAUAUAUCUAUAUUUCUUUUGCUGCGAAUAUUGUCCUAGAAAGGAAUUUAAUUCGACAUUAUCUUUCAGUAAAUGAUGUUGGAAGUGUUUUCAAAUUCUUUAAACCCAAAAUACCCGGAAAUAAGAAAGCGAUAUUGCUAAAUGUUAUAAUUAAGAUAACGGAUCAUAUGACUUCGUAAUAUGUACAGGAAAGGAGCUGCGCACAUGAAAAUUUGAUGUGUAAAUUAUGAUUCACCUAUGUGAAGUCGCUAGCUACAGCUGAUGGACAAUAUACCUGUUUGUGGAUUAAUGUAAAAUAUAUUUAAUCGUUAAUUUAGUUGAUGGUAAUGAACUUAUUUGCAAUGAAGCAAAGGGAGUCUGGCGACAAUGGGAUCAUUGGUGUCAGUGACACCGGUAUGUAGUUCUAAAGACCUCAAGAUUUGUUUGCAUAUAAAACAAUUAACUGUCCGAAGUCUAACUACCUAUUGUAAAGAAUUAAGACAUAUAGUUGCAACAAACAUCUUCGAAGCAAAUGCCCGUCAUCAGUAUACCAGCAGACAAGACGGAUCGCAUCCAAUGUUAAACCGGAGGACUUUGGACAGGGGAAGAUAUUCAUCAACGAGAAUAUUAAAUCAAAGAUAAAGAAAUAAAUUUCAUUAGAUAUAAUACUGUACAACUACGUUUCAUACUAGUGAUUUUAAAUGCAAAAUGUUAAAGUUAUAGAUAUACAAACUGUUUUUUUUUAUUAUAAACAUAUGAUCUGUUAUUAUGGCGGGUGUGUACAAUAAUGAUAAAGUGCCUCAACACGAAUCAGCAGACGAAGGAAACGGGGAACGGAACUUAAAUUCGUUUUCAAAUGGUCAGUCAAGUUCAGUGCUUAAGCAACGUUCGUCGGCUGUACGCAUGUCUGGUCACCAGGACCCACACACUAACACAGUGGGAACUAGUCCAAGACAUGACCAAGACAAACAAAAACAGAGAAGGACUGCGACUGACAAACUUAAGUGUCCAGAGUACCGGACAUUUGCUGAUCGAGUUUCAUCAUUUAUAAACUGGCCAGUCCAGAUUAAACAAACUCCAGAGCAGAUGGCCAAUGCUGGGUUGUUCUUUACCGGUUUUGGCGACUGUGUACGUUGCUUUACCUGUGGAGGUAAACUAUGUCAGUGGUGCCCCACUGAUGAUCCAUGGACCGAACAUUGUCGUUUGUUCCCAUUAUGUUCUUUUGCCAGGAGACAAAAAGGGGACCACUUCAUAACGCAGACGCAAGAGGCUGUCAAUUCUGGAAAUCAGGGAGAUGUAAACUUUGGAUACAGUCACUCAAAUUUAGUUGAACAACUGGAAGUUAGAAUGGAUCUAGAGGACAGGAGAGGUGCUCUUCUCCAGAUGGGAUACGAAGAUUGUGAUUUUAAGAAAGUUGUUCGACACUUAAGAAACAUGGGUGUCAUACAGCCGACUGUGGAAGAACUCGUUGAUGCUCUAGUGGCACUGAAAGAGUAGACACAGGGAUGUGAGAACUAAUAGAACUAAUACCUGCGCCUCAAAAGUUCGGAGUUCUGAAUGCCAUCCAACAUAACCAGUGUAGACAACUUUUUCUGUCUUGCACACUCAGAAAUACAGUCGCCGGCAUGUCGUUUUACCUCAAAAAUGAAGAAACUUUUCGGGUUUAUCUUGUGUUCUUGGCAAGUAAAUUAUCCAUAAAUAUUCAACUUCGUGCUGUGGUUCCUUAUUUCCUUCAGAUAAGUUCAAGUUCAUUUCGUGUGUGGACAGAAGUGAAGUGCAAAUAUCACAAGCAAAAGUACAUAAGUAUUUAUAAAAUAUUGUUAUUAGACGUAAAUUUUUCCAGAAGCAUUCAUUUGGAAAAUACAAAAUUCAAAGACAAAACAAGGCUGGACGCAGCAAUACAAACUUUGACCCGUGUCUACUGCUGUAAUUGUCGAAUAUAUUGGGCAGAAAUAUGAAAAUGUUGACAAUAAUUAACAACAUUUCUUUAUAGCACUGAUUCUUUCUGAAUUGACCUUUAUAAGGAAAAGUUACAUACUAAGAUUUCGUUUGCAGUCUAAGUUUUAAAGAUGGAUACACUUGCUUUGUUUUAGUGUUGAAAAGUUGUAAAUGACAUUGGUGCUUUAGCGAACACUUUGUGAUAUUUAGUGCUCGAUUGACACGGAAAUAUAUAAGAUUUCAAUUAAUGGUAGUAUUCUGUUCUAUAAGAUAUGUGCUCAUGUAGGGCAUCUUUAUUGUUGACGUACAUUUUAUUCUGUUUGCUUGAGGAAUACACAUACCAAGGAUAUGCAUUUUUUUGAGUGCAAGACAAGAAACUUUAAGCUGUUAACUCAGCAUCAGAUGGUCUGCAACAAUUUGUGUAGUAGUUAGUUUAUUAUUUCAUUUUGAAUAACUUGUUCAAGGGGCCUCCAAGGCCGAAUGGUUAAGGUCGCUGACUUCAAAUCACUUGUCCCUGUUAUCGAUGUUGGUUCGAGACUCACUCGGGGCUUUUCAGGUGAAGAAGUCAUUCAGCUGGCUUACGGAAGGUCGGUGGAUCUUCCCAGGUGCCUGCUCGUGACGAAAUUAUGCAUAGAGGGGCACCAUGGGUCUUCCUCCACCAUCUAAGCUGGAAAGUUAAAGGUGAUGCUUUAAGCACUGGUAUUCGCGAUAGGGGUCAUCAAGGGGAGGGGUGCGGUCAUGAUUGUUUGUUACAAUAAGGCUGUUAUUAUUAUAACUGUCAUUAUUAAUAUUGUUAGAAUGAUAAUUAUUAUUAUCAUGUACAACGCCAUUGAAUAUAUCAUUGUAUAUAAAUAAGCGUUUAAUCUAAUCAUUCAGUUUACAGUUUCAGAAAGUUGCCAUAUGACCUAUAAAUAAAUAUAUAAAAUAACUUGUACAUGUUAGUAUACCUAGAGUUUUCAAAAUUGUGACUUGCGUAGGCAUUCUCUGAAGAUGGACGACUAUCAUGUUAAACGUUAUCUACCAGGUGUCACAAGAAAGACUUGCCCGGUAGUCACCCUUGAGAGGUCCUUUAUAGUGAAAUAAACGAGGUCAAAGGUCAUUCGGUGCAUAUUUUCAUGAGUGUCACAUAAAAUACCUUGUAUCUUGGUUAUUUAUCGGUGUAGAAUAACAAUAAUGGUAUCUAAAUGAAGCCAGGGCUUUGAACAUUUAUUUACAAACACUUAAUUAAAAAUUUCUAAUUUACAUACUUGUGAAUAUUCAUAAAAACUUAAAAAAUGGGCAGAUAAUACGUUAAAAAAUGAUAUUUUUAGAUAAUACAAAGAUCAAAUCUUCACUAUUUGUGUUUAUAAAUGGAUAAAAAUAAGCAAUAUUACAUUUGAAUCAUUACUUUAUAUAAAUAUAUAUCUGUUUGUAACAUUAUUUGUUAUUCGCAAGAAUAAAUACUGUCCUAAGUUGGUGGGGUAUGUUAAUCAUUAAAAAUACAAAUAUUUAAAAAAAACUGACAAUAUUUACAUAUCUCACAUAUAAACCAUAUUUUGAGAUAGUAAGAUGUUUUGAUUUUGGAAUAAUGUUCUUCAUAAAUAUUAAUUAAGAGUUGUUUUUAGCUCAUUUGCAUACUCAUGAAUAUUAAUUAAAAUGUAUCAAAUAUGCAUUUAAAACGUUCAUUUAGUACAAAUAUAUCUGUUCUUAACCAUUAAUAAAAAUCUUAUCAGUUUUAUAAAUGUCCAAAGUAAAGCUUGUAAAUAUUCCAUGCAUUAAGAAUAUAAUUAGUAUUUAACACUUAUUCAAAUACUACACAACGUAGUUCACACAGUUCAGUCUUGCCCAUAGUCUUUUCUCUAUACACAAUACCAGAGGACAUUGUUUUAAAAAUGUCAGAACUCUAUUGUCCUCGUUGCCAUGUACAUUUCUACAGUUGGUAUAUAAACAGGCUCCGUGCACAUUCAAACCUGGUUGGAUCGGUAGCAUUUGCACAUUUAACUGCCACAUUUCGUCUUGCAAUCCACAUUAGUAUAUGAUAUGUUACUUUGGGUGUUAUAUGAAUACAGUCAUACAUGUCACCCGUGGUAUCCUGUGUAUGCACGCAAACUUAGAUCCAUUAUUUUACGCUAUCGAUGCAAAGUUGUGAAGCGUAAUUAGUAUAUGUCCAAACUGGCAUAUAUGUAUAGCUGUGAUGGUAUGUCUGUAUAUACAAGAUACACAUGUGGUCAGUCUGUAUAACCAUGAUACCCAAAAUGGCAUGCAUCUAUACCUAAGGUACCGAUAGUUGCCUCUUUGUAUGCCACGGACACUCAUAGUGUAUCUGUAUCUAUCGCUAAUCUGACCAGUGUGUAUAUCCACGAUACCCAGAGUAACCUGUAUACAUUAUAUACAUUGGCGGUCCUUCUGUAUACCAAGGAUAUCCGUAUUAGCAUACAUAUAUAGCCCUGAUAGCCUGUAUGUAUACAAUGGAUACCACGAGAGGCAUGUUUGUACACCUAGGAUACCAAUAGUUUUCUGUAUAUAUACCAAGUAUACCCGGAGUGGUCUUUAUGUAUAAAUAGUUUACAAAUAUCAGUACCCAGGAUCCAGUAGUGGCCUGUAUUUAUAGCCAAGAAGACCUGACAGUAUACCAAGUAUACCCAGACAGUCUUGCCUCUAUACCUAGGGUACACCGGCGGCAUGUAUUUAUACCCAGAAUAUUCGUAGUGGUGACAUUAAGUAAACGGUCAGGAUAGCCUGUUUGUAUACCCAGGAUACUCAAGAUGGCCUACCUAGGAUACACUAGCAUGCUCAACGCAUAUACUGGCUUAGUGUAUAGCAAUGAUGGUCUGCCUGUAUACCCAGGAUUUUUUACCCAGAAAGCGGGAUAUCCAUAAUGGCCAGUAUAUAUGGCCACGAUGACAUGUUUGUAUAUCCAGGCUACACAAAGUGGCACGGCUAUAUACCUUGGAUACAUAGAUAACCUGUCUAUAUACCAAUGCCACCCAAAGUGACCGGAAUGUAUAGCCAUGAUGGUAUGUCUGUAUUCCAAAGAUACCCAGAAUGGUGUGUAUGUAAAUCGAAGAUACCCUUAGUAGCCUAUAUAUACAACUGUUUAGCCAGGAUGACAUGCCUGUUUACCCAGAAUAUCCAGAGUUGCAAGGAAACUCGGUUAGCCCUUCUGUAUGUCCAGAAUACCCAGAAUUGCCUGUCUUUAUAUUCAGUAUACCAGUAUUUGCCAGUAUGUAUGUGUAGCCAAUAUGACCUGUCUGUAUGCACAGAAUACCCAGAUAGGCCUUUCUGUUUACCCAUGAUACCCAUAGUGACUUGUAUGUAUAGCCAAGGUACCCUUAGUGGACUGCAUGUAUAGCCAGCCAGGGUGGCUAUACAUGUAUGCACAAAACACGCAGAGUGAAUGAUUGUAUAACUAAAAUACCCAUAGUGGAAUGUAUAUGUAUGUAUACCCAGGAUAAUUUUCCUGUAUAACUAGGAUACCCAUUUUAUCUGUCUCUGUAUCCAGGCUACCUAUUGUUGCCUAUAUGUAUAGCCAGGUUUUCCCUAGAUGUCUGUAUGUAUAGCAAGAAGGGCCAGUCUGUAUACACAGGAUACCCAGAGUGGCAUGUCUGUAUACCCUCGAUACCGAUAGUGGCAUCAAUAUUUAGCCCGGAUGGCGUGUCUGUAAACAAAUGAUACCAAAAAUGGCCUGACUUUAUAUCACUGAUACACAGUUUGCCUAUCUAUAUCCUAAGAAUAUCCAUAGUGGCCUGUAUGAAAAGCAAGUUUGCCUGCCGAUAUACCGAAGAUAUCCUUGGUUGCCUUCUCUAGAUACGUUGGGUGCCCUGUCGUUAUACCAAGUAUACUAUUGAUACCAAUUUAGACUAUCCUGUCUGUUAACUCAAUAUAUGUUUUAAAAAAUAUAUUGCUUAAUUAUCCGUCAAAAUACUGCAAAACCUUACAUAAAACCUUUUGUACUUUCACCAGUAUAUUAGAAAAACUGAACAUACUGACUUCUUGACGGCCACUAUUGUGAAAAGUGGCUGUCUUAUUGGUUGUCUGAGAUGGUGUCAACCUGAUUUAAAAUAGUAAUGUUUUUUUUCAAUCACAAUACUAUACUAAACUACAUAAAACAACUGUGUAAACUUUAUAACGUAUGCAAAGAAACCUUAACAUAUUGACUUUUGGCAGCCAUUUUGAAAAAUGAGCGUCAUAUCGGUUAUCUUAGGCUGCCUACAUGGCGUAUGGUCUUAUUAUCAAUUGUAUUUAUCAAUGGUAAUACUGCAAUGCAUUACAUUAAAACAUAUGUAAACGAUCAUAUAUAUGCAUACUUUUGAGCAUACUUACCUUUGGUGGUCAUCUUGGUCGCCAUUUUGAAAAAAUUGCAGCCAUAUUUGCUGUGUGACAUAGGUUCAUAUUUUGAACUAACCGGCAGUUAUUUACCUAAUACAAAAUAAAUGCCUUGCUUUUGUGAAAACAAAUACACAAUUGUGCUGAAGAUAACUGUUGGUAAGAAGUCAACUCACCCCACCCACUUCAAGCAGUAUCUACACAUAAAACACAUAUGAUGGCAAUAUAAACAGCGUUUAUCGAUAGAUAAGUAUCCCUCUUAUCAUUUGUUAUCUUUCUGUUUUUUUCAAAUCAUAAAAAUUAUAUAUAAAACAACAAAUAUUGUACAGCUGUACAUACAUGCCAUUUUUAUCGUAAUUUUAUAUGAUUUUGCCGCUUUCAUUACAUUUAUUAAUAUGCAAAUGAGCUAAUGUGCCUAUAGUGAUUUUAUUUCUUAGUUAAAUACAUUGCCUUGAAUUAAAUACCAUUUUUGCUCACUUAUUUCAUCAAAUGGCGAAGAUAUGAAGCAAUAUAACUGAAAUUGUAAAAACUGCACUUAAUGACCUUUGACCUAAUUUCUUGACCUUAAUUUGACCUUAGGAUUGUGACUACCGGCAUCAAUGAACUACUUAUAUCAUAUAAUUCACAUAUAACACAUAAAAGUUGCAUCUUCAAAAAAUGCCUACGUAGGUGUUUUCUAGCCACAUAUAUGAAAAUAAUUGGUAAACUAUGUGUAUAUUUUAACCUUUCAAAUUUCUAUAAUGGUAAAAUCAUAUACUGUCAUAUCGUUUGUUAUUUUAGCCAUAUGGCAGUCCAGCUGGCUUACGGAAGGUCGAUGGUUCUACCCAGGUCCCUGUCCGUGAUGAAAUAAUGCACGGAGGGCACCUUGGGUGUUGCUUUAAAAUAUAGGAGAACUCCAUUUUUAAUUAGCAAUGAAUCAUCAUUUUAGGGGAAAAACAUGUUUUUUUUUUAUCUAAUAACUUUUUCAGAAAGACAAUGACAUUUUUUUUCUCAAACUUUCAGGAAUAUACAUGGCGAAUUAAAUAUUAAUUAUUGUUAAAAUAGUUGAAUUGUUUUAAAUUAUUUAGGGAAAGGACAACCAUAAGCUAAUAUAGCUAUCUGUUCAAAUCCUGGAUUGCUAUAUUGCAAAAGUUUUGUGACUUUCAGAAUAAAAAUAUGUUUAAACUGAACUAGAUUUAAGUCUCCGUAGUAUUUUUUCACUGGCCGUCCGAAGGUGACACCCUACUGUGUUUCUUCCCUAUGCAUGUAUGUUACUUCUAUGUUAUCAUUAUUAUUGCAGUAGUUUGUGUUAAUCAGACGCAUGUACGUAAAUUUCUGUGUAGAGUGUUGUAUGGGCGUUUGCGCUUCGAAUAUGGAAUUUCGUUUUGGACUUUCGUCCUAAUUCCUGUCAUGAUAACAUGAAAGAUGUAGCGAUUUCAAAUCUUGUACCUAUAUGCCUCAGUGUGUGUAGUAAUUUCCUUUUAAAUUAAAACAUUUUUCAGUAUCAUUAUGCGAUGUUAACUUUUAUCUGGAAAAAACUAGAUUAAAAAUAUGGCUUCAAAAUAUACUCAUUUAGCUAUUUAUUUGUAUUCCGUUAUGUAGACAAAGGGUUGAUUUUGAAAUUUGGAAAGUUUUGAACAUUUAUCAGCUUGCUCGACUUUUUAAAAUCUAUUAUUUUGCAUAGGUAUAAUGGCUUUGUAGAUGCAAUUAUGUUUCUGAAAGUAACAUACUGUAACAUCAGAAAAAUUAAUGUACAUUACAUGUAUAUUAAACGAAGAAUGUACGCACAACAAACACGACACAUUAAACGGUACGGUAUAA